AUGAUUAUCACAACUUUAUGCACUCGGCAGAUCAGUGUUCGAAGAUUGAUUGACUGUCGACAUUUGAGCUACUAUAAUACGAAUAGACCGAUUCUAAGCUCGUCGUUAUUUUGUAACAAAAAUAACACAUCAGAAGGGUUGCAUAUACCCAACAGAAGUGUAUCCUCAGUCACUACCAUUACGCUUCCUUCAUGGUUUGUGACGUUAUCCAACAGUACGCCAGUGGCGUAUGCACAACAGUUUAUAAUUUCAUUUCAUGAAAUGACGGGUACUUCUUGGUGGGCAACAAUAAUGCUUAGUGCCAUAACUCUGAGAUUAGUUGUGACCCUACCUCUAACAAUAUACCAACAUUAUAUUAAUUCAAAAUUAGAAAAUCUUUCUAUUGAAUUUGAACCAACAGUAAAAGAAAUACAAAAAGAAGUAGCUAAGGCCAUAAAACUACAUAAAUGGCCUGAAGGGAAAGCUAAAAGAGUUUAUACUAAAGCUAUAAAAAAGUAUUGGAAUGAAUUAAUAGUAAAAGAAAACUGUCAUCCUGCUAAAGCGACCAUAGUAGUUUGGAUACAAUUACCAAUGUGGGUUUGUAUGUCAAUAGCUAUUCGUAACAUUACAUUAAUGUUACCUCCAAGUGAAGAAGCUGUUACUAGGUUUCAUGAACUUACUGAAGGUGGAGUCUUUUGGUUUUCAAAUUUAACUGCUGUUGACCCAACUUAUUGUUUACCGAUCAUUCUAUGCCUAUCAAAUCUUUUAAUUAUUGAGAUACAAUCUCAAUCACGAAAUAAGAGUCCUACACGUAAUCAAAAAAUCCUUACAAAUAUAGUCAGAGGUUUUUCCAUUGUCAUGAUGCCACUCUCAUGUUUCCUGCCAUCGGGGGUAUGUUUAUAUUGGACUGCUUCUAGUAUUUAUGGUUUAUCUCAAAAUUUAUUUUUAUUAUCUCCUCAAGUACGUAAAUUUAUUGGAAUACCAAAAACACCUUACAAUCAUGAACAUCCAUAUAAAUUUUUAAUUGAUAAAACUAAAUCUAGAUUAAGAAUAUCUUGAAUGUUACAAUUUAUU